AUGGCCGGACCAAGCAGGUGCCAUCUUUUGGUGAUUUUUCUCUUGCAGGUGACAUCAAAUGCUUUUGCAACCCCAACACUGGAGGGGCCAGGAAAUGUUAAAGACUGUGAAAGACAGUUCACCGAAAAGUGCGGGAUCGAAGUAGGAAACAGCAUUUUCAAUAAUGGAUUUUUGAGUGAUGAUUGUUGUCGAGAUCUUGUAAAGUUGGGUAAACCAUGUCACGAUACCUUCCUCAACACGUCCCUUGUGGCACUUCAUCCUAGUGCAAACAAAGCUCAAACUUUGGCAAAGGGCGAACAAAUUUGGACGGAGUGCGUUGCCAUCGACAAUUCAGACAAACACGAGACCAAGCCCGUAAAGGAAUGCUUGGAAAAGUUCCCCCCUAAGUGCGGAGAGGAAAUAGAGAAAAGCAUUUAUCAAGGUACGGUUGUGACUGAUGCUUGUUGUCGUGAUCUUGUCUCAUGGGGAAAAUCAUGCCACGAUAUCAUCGCAGAGCGAAAUCACGAUGUACGUCAUCCCAGUGUCAACAAAGCACAGGCUUUGGCAAGUAGCGAAAAACUUUGGAAUCUAUGUGCCGCGAUCUCACGUUCACCUGCUUCUCCUCCGUCGAAUUAGAAAAAUUAAAUUGGU